GUUGCGUAUGCUAAGUCUGUGCUUUGUAUGGACAUAGGCUAGUUCUGUAUUAGAAUUUGUAAAUUUGUAUACCAAGUACAUAGUAGCUGUGGACAUAGAAUAGUUCUGCAAUUCGGUAACUUCCUUAAAAGUAGCGAUAUUAUUUUGUAUAUCGCGGUCACAAUGAAUUCUAGAACUUUAAAAAUGAUACAAUUGGUGGCCCCGACAAAAAUCAGAAGGCACCCCGAAGGCUGGUGAGACAAUAAAUUAAGUUUUAGUAAUUUCCGAAUUAUGUAAGGGUAUGAUUUGUAGGCAUACAGCAUCAAGAGAAAAGGAGCUCAUCUACAUCGUUUACUCCGAAUGCCAAACAAAAAAUUGGAGGGGCUAUUACAGAAGAAUAUGUACAAGAAGAUGAUGGGGGAUCAACAACUUCGAACAACCAAGCUGAUGAUGUUCCAAAAAUACCUUCUUCGGCAAGAAGCAUAGCUCAACUGAUGCAGGACAGUAUCACCCAACAGCAUCCUCUUUUUUUGAUGCCUUGGGAAAGUUCAACUUACAUCCUACAAAAUAACUCUGUAACCAUUGAGGAAUUUCCAUCCAAUGAAAUCCCUGAGAUCAAUAGUCCCGCUGUAGUUGAAUUGGACGGUGGAGAUACAUAUGAGAAAACUGUUCUACAAAAUGCUGACUUCACAUCAAAAUCCUCAAAUACUAUAGAGGAUGAUUUUAUGCUUUCUGAAUGUGAGAGUGACCCAUUUGCCACCAGUGAUGAUAGCAAUGACAUGGACUAUAUACCAACAUUAAGGAAAAACUCAACUCACAGUAGAGAUCCAGAUGAUAUCGAAAACUCAUCAGAACAUGAUGAUAAAAAUGAGCCGAUGAAAACCAAGAAACAUACACGGAAGAGACAGAGGAAUCCGGGUGCAUGGAGAAGAAAUAAAAUAAAGAAGCUGCGGAAUCUUGGCGUGAAGUAUAUAGACUGGAGAGGAAACCUCCGUCCAAAAAGGUAACCAAAACCGCCUUGUGCUAACUGCAGACAAAAGUGCAGCGAAAAGUUCACAGAAGAAGAGAGGAAACAGAUAGUUGAGAGAUAUUGGCGACUGGGGGACGUCAAUAGACAACGGGAUUUUUUUGCCCAGUAUGUAAAUAUAAUGGACAAGAAAAGAACACGGUUGAGAAAGCAGGAUGGAAACAGUAGUAACGAAGAUACCUGUACAGAAAACACAACAG